UAUCUUUCUAGUCAUAUAUAGUUUAAUAGAAAGGAACUUCUUAGAGUCAAAGUUAGUAUUUUCAUGCAUGCUCCAAAAUACCAAGGCAACAAUGAACAAGCUUGAAGAUUUGGCAAUUGUUAGUGGGUUGAUUGUAGUUCAAUUUCUAUAUGCAAGUAACUCAGUUUUGAUGAGUUACCUUAUGAAUCUUGGUGUUAGCCCUCUCUCCACUGUUAUUUUCUCAGCAUUCGUCACUUUCCUCCUCCUCUCUCCAGCCGCUGUUUACUUUGAAAGGAAAAAUUGGCCCCAGCAGUUGAGUUUGAAAUUGAUUUUCCAGCUAAUUUUAAUAUCUAUUGCAGGGGUAGCUUUAUUUCUGACUCUGUUCCUAGAAGGCGUUAAAUUAACCUCACCAGUAAUGGCAACAGCCAUGCCGAACCUUAGUACGGGGUUCAUUUUCGUCAUUGCUUGGACUCUAAGGAUGGAAAAAGUUGAUCUAAAUUGCUUGUACAGCAAGGUCAAAAUCUUAGGAACAUUGUUGUGUGUUAUAGGUGCACUCACAAUGAGCCUAAUGCACAGCACCGCCCAUGUAAAAGAGGCCGCCGAUAGAACAGCAUCAGGCUCACCAGCCAUGAUGUUCGAUAGGGAAAAAAUCAUUGGUUGUAUGUAUCUAUUGGCAGCAGUGUUUGUUGUAUCAAGCAAUGUUGUCUUGCAGGCCAUUACUUUGGUGGAUUUUCCUGCCCCGAUUUCUUUGUGUGCUAUCACAUCAUUGAUUGGGGUGGUAAUAACAGCUGCUGUGCAGUUUAUUCAAGAACAUAAAUUGGACUUUGGCUGGGAAUUUAAAUUUGCAGAGAUUGCUUGUUGUUCUGUGCUGGUGGGUUUGAUCAAUGGAGCAACUUUAAGCUUUAAUGGAUGGGCAAUGAAGAAAAGAGGGCCAGUUCUUGUGUCUGUUUUUAUCCCCAUGUCAACAAUAAUCUCAGUAGUCUUCACCACGGUUACCUUAGGAGACACUAUUGACAUUGGAAGUUUUGCUGGCAUGAUUCUCAUGUUUUGUGGUCUCUACUUUGUACUGUGGGCUAAAAGAAAAGAAACUUACUCCAACAGCUUAGAGAGUGAGUUUGAUGCAGAGAGGCCUCUCUUGAGCUAAAAUCAUUUGUUUUUAUGAUCAAGUUCAGCAAGUAAUGUAUGCAUCUUUUGUGUAUAAGUAUAAUUGAUACAAAAUAUUGUAUUGAUUAUGAUUUGUUAAAAUCAUUUGUAUUUAUGUUCAAGUUCAGCAAGUAAUUUAUAUUU